UUGCUACACCAACACAAACAUCAGAACAAAAACUCUGUAAUCAGUAUACUGCAGAAUCGGUGUGACUAUCUAAGGAGAAAACUUCUUUUUGACUCUUGUGAGUUGUGACUCAAGUCACUCCACAGUCAGUCAUAAUCAGGGACCACUAACAGUGACGGAUAUUGCAAACCCUAAUGGUGGGCCUAUAGUGGUGACGAGGACUCUGGCGAAUACAUGUGUUACAUACAGACGUCACUCACAGCAUCAGUCAUCCAGCAUGGCUCUGCAGUGCUACAAGAUGACAGUGGAGCCUGUGCUGUUCCUCUAUAUGCUUGGCAUGUUCAUGCUGUUGCCAGCACUACAAGACCUCAUAUACAACAAGGUAUGCCUGGAAACGUUCAGCAAGGACGUAUGUGAUAACCUCUACUCCAGCAAAAACAGUGAAGCCCUGGAUGUUGUGCAGAACAAUUCAUCCCACUGGGUGCUGGGAUCCACCCUUGCUCUUGCUCUGACCUCCAUCAUCACUGCACAGUUCCUUGGAUCUUGGAGUGACACCUAUGGUCGUAAAAUUCCCAUGCUUCUUCCUCCCUUAGGUGGAGUGUUUGCCAGCUUUGUGUAUAUUGUGCUGAGUGUGGAGAUGACUGAGGCACCAGUGUCUCUUAUCCUGCUGGCAUCAGUCAUUUCUGGCCUAGGUGGUGGCUUCACAUCAUGCAUCAUGACCUGUAUGAGCUAUGUUGCACAAGUGAGCGACACCCAGGCGAGGACUGUACACGUGGGUAUCCUGGAGAGCAUGAUAUAUGUUGGGGGUACUCUGGGCCCAUUGCUGGGUGGGUGGAUGCAGCAGACCUGGGGCAGGUCGACCACUUUCACUGUCAUCAUGGCCGUUCACGCAACAAUAAUUGUCUACAUUGUCAUGUUUGUUCGUAAUAUUCUUCCUAGACAUCCUCCAGAGGCAUCAUGGGUGAAGAGUGGCUGCUCAUUCCACCACCUUAGGCGUUCUGUUGCCACAGUUCUCAAACAGCGACAGGAGAAGCGCCGUACGUGUCUGUUGUGGCUGUUGGCAGCAGCAUCACUCGUCAUGUUCUGUACCGCAGGAGAGAUAGACAUAUCCUAUCUGUACGUCAAAGAUAAGCCCAUCAAGUGGCCCUUUGUGAAGUAUACGUGGUACUUCUCCUUAAAAUAUGGGCUGGGAGCACUGGCCCUGGCAGUGGUACUACCUCUGUGUGCCCGGGGACCAGACAUGCUGUUGGUGGUGGCUGGAUUAAUUAGCAAGAUUGUGGGCCUGAUUAUCUUGGCACUGGCCUGGAAUGAUGCCACAGUAUUCAGCAGUGCUGCAGUGGCUAUACUGAGUAGUUGGCCAGUGUCCAUCAUGCGAUCUGCCAUGUCUAAGUUGGUGGAGCCCAAUGAGCAAGGUAAAUUAUUUGCCUUUGUGGCACUGCUUGAGAACAGCUGUACCCUGCUGGCCUCAGGAGUGUUCAACAGUCUGUACCCAGCCACCCGACACUUUCUUCAUGGCUUCUCCUUCUUAAUGGCUGCAGUGCUGCUCCUCAUUGUUGUGCUCAUUGUCAGUGUGCUGCAUAACUCACUGCUUCGCAUCAACACAAUUGAAUUUGAGGAGCUAUCUGAAGAAAGAGUGAGAGGAGUAGAGGAAGAUGAAGAGGAAGGAGAAAUUCAGAGAGCAACACAUCCAGAACCCAUCCCAACUCAAGAAGAGGAGGAAGAAGCCGUGUUAACGGAAGGUACCGUAGAGCAGGGAGUAGAUGGGAUCAGAGAACAAAGCUUUGAGGGAAAAUGUCUUGGCUUCGUUGAAACUAACAAUGGCAGAAUGUAGUAGAUGAGUAUGUGUAUGUAUGUAGAUCACUAACCUGGUUUUAGACACUUCAUAGAAUUGAAUUUUUAGCUUUUCAAAGAGAUUAAGUUAUUCAGUUACGUUAUCCUGAUAGAUUUCACCAUAAACAAUACUGGUUUAGGCUACUUAUAUAUCAAUGUAUUUCAGUAUAUCAUUACCGCUCUUCCUACUUUAUUCAUGUAUAUUUAUUAAUGUCGGUUGUUUAAUUUACUUGUAGUUACUGAGUAACCAGUGAAAAGAACCACUGGUUGAUGAACUAUAGGUGUGUUGCAUGUGUUUUAUGUUGAAAGAAACUCACUGAUGGUGGCUUCUGACAUGUGAUAUCUGAUUCUAAGGUGAAAUACUGGUGUGUGCACACUCCAGCAGUAGUAUAUGUACAUCACUGAGAUGUUGCAGAGUGAUAUGAAUUAUGCAAGUAGUAGAUAUUAGACAAAUGGAAACAUUUGUGCCAUAGUAGGCAGCUUCUCUCCAGAGAUAGGCAGCUGAAAUAUUUGAUUAUGAAAUGAAAACUAAGCAAGUUUUUUGUGAUGCCAUAGCCUUUAAAGUAUCUUGAACUGUCUGCCAACUGAGCGUUUGUGAAGGGUAUUGUGAUACCGCUGCUGUUGAGAAACAGCUACGAUAACAUGUGAAUGCUCCUAUAGGAUAGGCUACCACUGACUGUACUACCGCGCAUUUGCUACUGCACAUUUGAGAACGGCUUGUGUGAACUGGUCUGAGUGUUGGUAAGCAAUGCAGCCAUAGAGGGUAUUGUUGGUGAUGGAAGACCUGUGUUCAUAACAUAUCAAUAAUAUAAUCUUUUUGUAUAUCAAUGAGUGGCUUAAAACUACCACUGCUAAACAUUAGCUAUAGUUAUAGUGUUCAUUACACUUCCUCACCUGCACAAGGGGAGGAAAUAUUCUAUUACUACUAUAAUAUAGGUCUCAUUCGACACGUUUUGAUUGUACACAAGUUCACAAGAUGCAAUGCUCAUCCAGAAUAUAGCCUUUCCUUUUUAUUUAUUUAUUUUUUCAUGAGUGGAGUUAAAAAUUACAGAAUAAGUGUCUUGAAUCCUCCCUCUUGAAAGAAUACUAGUGAGGAAGGUGGAAAUGUAGAAGUAGGCACUGAUAGUGUACCUGAUAAUGAACUUCAAUAAUGCAAGCAUGCUUAAGUUUUAUAUGAAAGUUGAUAUUAUCAUUUACGUACGUAUAUAAAGAAAAAUUAUAGUUAGCAAUUCGAAUAUAAAGAGCUAUAAUUUU